CCAUUCCUAUCCAUUGUUUCACAUGCAAAAAACUAAAAAUGAAAAAGAAAAAGGUGCAGAAAGUCAUAUCAAGUAGAGAUAAAGAAACGAGUACGAAAACGAAGCAUCAAAUAUCAAAAUGAAGAUGCCAAAAAGAGAUAUCAAAGACACGGUUAUUCCCUAAUCGACGUCCACGGCAACAUAGUCCCUCUCUUCCUCCUCCUCUGAACGCACACUAGGACUUGGUGGCGUUCGUCUACCAGACCUCUCACUCUCCUGCUCCGAUGCCUCAGUCUCGGAAUCAAUCUGCAUAGCCUGGGAUUCAGCUGCAACUUCCUCCUUCUCAUUAUUGGGAUCUGCACUCCCCGCCUCCUCCCCCUCUGGCUCCCGACCAUUCUCAUUCCUGAUCUGGUCCACCGAGAUUCUCCGUCUAAACGCGUCCUUGUCGGCGACUACUUUUGGUAGAGUUAGCACGAGGACGCCAUCAACCAACUUGGCACUGAUAUUGUCAGCGUCGACACGUGCAGGCUUAUCGCGGGAUCCUAGACUGAUCUCCCGCUCAAAGACGCCAACUUCGCGGGAUCGCCCGUCGACGAUAAGGGCGUUGCUGAGUUCCUCAUCCAGCUCGGGACGGUAAACCACACCUGCGAGUCGGAGGGUGGAAGUCUCGGCGUCAUAAUCGACUGAAAUGUCCUUCUUCUGUGCGCCGGGGAGGGAAACAUGGAUGAUGUAUCUAGUUUCUGCAUCAAAAACGUCGGCGCGGGGGACGAAGUCUACUUCUUUGUCUCCGGAUCUUGGAUCUGUGCCGUUGAUUAUGUUGAACACCUCGCCGACGUCAACGCCAAAUUGGUUUGAGAAGUUGUUGAUGAACUGUUGGAGGAGUUCAUGGGGUGCUCCUGUUGAUUGGUAGCCAGCGCCUGGUCUGCAAUGGCGCUGCCGGCGAUGAGGUCCCCAGGCAUCCUGCGCAGGAUGUCCCCAGGGUCCGCCACGUCCACGACGACAUCCUCGGCCGCGGAACGGAAUAUCUCGGGUGUUCUCCUGCUCAGAUUCUCUAGGGGUAUUUUCGUCAAGCCCACGGGCGCGGGGUAAGGGGCGGUUAUUCGAAUCCUGUGUGGUAGGUUGGCUGGUGUUUUGGGCCCGUUGACGGUGGUGAGGGUGCCGAUUUACAUGCUCAGCAUGGGCAUGUGGUGUCUGUUGAAAAAACAUGUGAAGUCCGUGCUCCCCAAAAUCCGUAAGGAUGUUCCAUAGUGGGUGGGGCUGUUGGUUGAGAUAGUAGACGUUUGCCAUUUUUGUUGGCUAGAACUUGCUUCCGUGAAGAUAUAGAGAGUAGAUGUAGGGUAUCAAGAAAUUGUCUUUUGUUUAUUUAUUUUUAAUGUAAAUGUAGAGUCGAGAACCAGAGAUCGGAUGAAUAAGGGCAAAGAGGAGUGGUUAUGAAAAAGGAAAGAAUCAGGAAGGAGAUGCGUGAAGAAGCAUGUUAUAUAGACGAUAUUUCAAGGCAUCCCACAGUUACGUGGACGCACGUCUUACAAUAUCACAUUAUCAAGCAGAGCUCGAAGUAUCGAGAAUGAACUAGAAAACAUUUUGCCUCACCAACGACAACCAAACUCACGGUACCACCUCCAGGUUUUGGGUCAUUUUAACUUCCGUCAAAACCCCGCCAUUCCACUGGACUGGCCAGGGGACGAAUCGGGGGCAAUUUCAUGCUGUAAGGCAGCAAGAUUACGCCGGCCCCCGCAGGGGACAUCAACAUCUGAUGCUGCUGUUCGGAUGUGAGUGGACAAUUGCCCCAGGCUGCACAAUUAAAAUGUUGUCGUACAUACACCCAUCCAGAUCAUUCGACCGUCGACGAGCAUCUUCAGCGCUGUUCCAAGAUUGGUAAUUCGGGAGAUCUUUCUGGAACGUGCUGCAUGUGAUUUGGAUUUGUGGCUGCAGAUUCCCAACCCAACCGUCGCCGAUUCCAAUGCACGAGGAGAGUUAUCGCGAUAAUGCUCACUGCGGAGCAGAAAUGAAACUCGUUCCACAGCUGUGAUUAUGUCUUGAAGUUUUGACCCAUCUUAUAGAUUACGCACUUUGCCGCAACGCUCCGUCCGUCUUUCCCCGCAGGUAUCUCAGUUGAAGCUCGCGAGGGCCAGUGUGAGUAAUAAUGAGGUCAUGGCGGGCUUCAUCCAGCAUGAAACAACAGCAUGUGUAUGCCGGGGACUGAAAUGAAGUUGGAAUGCACCAUUUUGCAUAUAAAAGACAAUAUUUCUGCUCAUAAUAAAGGACCCCGAGACUUGGUAGGAUGAGAAAAGAGAGAUUUCCCACCUAACUCGCACCAUUUUCUUGACCACUUCCGCCCUCCUUCGUGUCACAAUGGAGCGGCUUUCUCCGAACCUGUGUCGGAUGCGGGUGAUUAGUGAUGCCCAGUUGCUAAAAUAUCCCCAGUGGGUGGCAAGUUCAGGCUUCCUGAGAGCUUCUACCACACCCCAUCGACCGCUGUACGCUGAGAGCAGGGCACGAGUUCGCAGGUAUACCACUGACCCUGUGCCGCGAGGAAACGAAGAGCGUGUUGUCAUUCUAGGCUCAGGAUGGGGAGGAUGGACAGUUUCCCGGAAGCUAUCUCCGAAGUUCAACCGCACCAUCAUUUCCCCCCGUUCGUACUUCGUCUUUACGCCCCUCCUCACCGAUGCCGCGGUUGGAUCCCUAAAUUUCUCCGAGAUUGUCGAACCCGUCCGUGAUCGAAAAAACACUAUCAAUUUCAUCCAAGCGGCUGCUCGAAGCGUAGAUUUCCAUCGCAAAGUUAUAACAUGCGAAGCUUCUGUUGUUCGGAGCGGUGUAACGGAAUCAGCUCGUGUAGAACAAAACCAGCCUGAAAAGCAGCGGAGGGCGUGGGAGCAAGGCCAACUCUUCGAAGUUCCAUAUGAUAAGCUGAUUAUCGCGGUUGGUUGCGCCGCUCGAACCUUCAAUACACCGGGUGUAAGAGAUAAUGCGCUGUUUUUCAGAGAUGUCGGCGACGCGAGGAAGGUCAAACGGCGCAUCCGCGAAUGUUUCGAGCUAGCAGCGAUGCCGAGAGUCACUCCUCAAAUGAGACGGUAUCUUCUGCAUUUUGCUAUUGUCGGCGCAGGCCCUACCGGAACAGAGCUUUCUGCAAGCCUGCGCGAUUUUAUUCACAGAGAUAUGUUCAAAGUCUACCCGCAGCUGAAGGGCGAUGUCCGGAUAACUUUAUAUGACGUAGCUCCUACUGUCCUCAGCAUGUUCGAUAAAUCUCUAUCUCGCUAUGCUAUGGAGACGCUGAAAAGAGAGGGUGUGACGAUAAAGACAAACCACCAUAUCGAAGAAUUGCGCUGGGGCGAACCCAACGCCGAAGGCCCCUACGAGAUGGACCCCAAAAGCUGCUUGACGCUCAAGAUGAAAGAAAACGGCGAGGAAGGGGUGGGUAUGUGUGUGUGGGCGACAGGGAACGAAAUUGGGCCGUUCGUCAACAGAGCGCUCAACACAAUCGAUCAAUUUCCAGUAUCGUCUGCAGUGGCAAAGGAAACAGGGAGCCGCGUCACCCAACCCGGCAAUACAACCUGGAAAGUGAAGAAGGCCCCUAAAGUUGGCGCAAUUCUCGUAGACGACCAUCUACGAGUACAAUUGGAGUCGGCAGAAGGCCAAAUCGCAGUCUUACAAGAUGUCUUCGCUGUUGGAGAUAACUGUAUGUUAGAGUCCGGCUCUCCCCCAGCAACUGCUCAAGCGACUAGCCAAGAAGCCAUCUGGCUGGCCAAAGCGCUCAACCGGGGUAAUAUAGACCAGUCGCCGGGUUUCUCAUUCAAGAAUCUCGGAGUCCUUGCAUACAUCGGCAGUUCUAAGGCUUUGAUGCAGCUGCCUCAUGAAGGCGGUAAUGGGCAGGACAGCGAUGGGGUUUUCCGCGGUAUAAAAGGUUACCCCGCCUGGUUGAUUUGGAAAGGAGCAUACCUGUCCAUGAGUAUGAGUUGGAGAAACCGAUUGAAAAUACUAUUCUCGUGGUUCUCGAAUUGGGCGUUUGGGAGAGACGUGUCCAGAUAUUAAUUCGAUUGUACCGUACUUGUAGUUCGUUCCCAUCAAUUUCUAGUCCUGCCAUGCUUUUAUAAUACUUAUUUGUUUAAGCGUCUUGUUUGAGAUCUUCCCAUAUUCUUUCUGAAGAUCAUAUUUUAUAUAGAAUGGAAGAAGCCGCAUAUCAUCCACUCUAUGUCCGAUAGCCGGGUCGGCUAACCUCCUACUAGGGAAGGCCCAAGCUUCUUCGCCGAGGCUAAAGCUUAGCUGGAACAUCUCCAAGUGACAUCAAACAGAAGCAUUAUGCCUUGA